AGGGGAGGGCGGGAGUCGGCGCGGGGGCUGCUGGGAGUUGUGGUCCCAGUUGUGGGAGAGGGCGGGUUUUGCAGCGCGGCGGGGCUUUGCCGGAGCCGGAGCGGCGUCCGCCAUGCAGCUGGGACCGAGCCGCCUCCUGCCUCCUCCGCUGCUGCUGCUGCUGCUGCUGGCCGCUGCCUUGGGGCUGCUUCCCUGCGGGGCUGCGCUGGAGCCCAUCAGCGUGGGCAUCGCCAUCGGGGCGGCCUCGGCGCUCACCGGCUACCUCUCCUCGCCCCGUUUCUACUGCGCCUUCGUGGAGUGCUGCCCCGGCGAGCAGGACCGGCCCAACGGGACCGCUCUUCAGCUGAAUCUGGACAAGAAACUCUUCGGGCAGCACCUUGCGAAAGAGGUGGUCCUGAAAGCAGUGACUGGCUUCAUCAACAACCCCAGCCCCAAGAAGCCCCUCGCCCUCUCUCUGCACGGCUGGGCGGGGACGGGCAAAAACUUUGUCAGCCAAAUCAUUGCUGAGAACAUGCACAGAGCGGGGCUGAAGAGCAAAUAUGUCCACCUGUUCCUCUCCACUCUGCAUUUCCCGCACGACCACCAGGUUAACCUGUACAAGGAUCAAUUACAGAAGUGGAUCCGGGGUAACGUGAGCGCAUGUGCAAAGUCUGUUUUCAUAUUUGACGAGAUGGAUAAGCUGCACCCGGGACUGAUCGAUGCCAUCAAGCCCUUUCUUGACUACUACGAGCAGAUAGAUGGCAUAUCCUACCGAAGAGCGAUAUUUAUCUUUCUCAGUAAUGCAGGCGGGGACCUCAUCACCAAAGUGGCCUUAGACUUCUGGCGGAAUGGACGGGGCAGGGAGGAGAUGCAGCUGAAGGACUUGGAGCCUGUGCUGUCCGUCGGCGUUUUCAACAACAAGAACAGUGGCCUCUGGCACAGCAGCCUCAUCGACCGGAACCUCAUCGAUUACUUCGUCCCUUUCCUGCCCCUGGAGUACAAGCACGUGAAAAUGUGUAUCCGGGCGGAGAUCGUGUCCCGCGGCAACCCUGUCGACGAGACGGUGGUCCAGAAGGUGGCAGACGAGAUGACUUUCUUCCCAAAAGACGAGCGGAUCUACUCUGACAAAGGGUGCAAGACUGUGCAGACCAAGCUGGACUUCUUCUGAGAUUUUUAAUGUGUCACUAAACCAGGAGGGAGCAGUUAUGGAUUCCUUGGAACUAUCCCACCCCCCUCCUUCUCUGAAGCACUUUUAAAGCUUUUUUUUAAAAAAGAGAGCCUAUGGGUAUGCACUUUUUAACAUUUUUGGGGGCUCCUAGAAGCUGUUGGUUUCUACGGUCACUGCCCCACACCUCAAACCUUUCCUGUCCUGAUGUGCUGUCAUCAAAAUUUGUGCAGUUCUUAGUUUUCUGUAGAAAUCUUUGUGAGCUUAAGACAGGGAUGGGGAACUUGUGGCAUUCCUAAUGUCAGUGGACGACAGCUCCCAUGGCGUAUGACCAUUGGCCAAACUUUAGGUCUGGAGAGCCUCACUUUGGGGAAGGCUUGAUUAGCUCAAGGGAGGGGACAACUGUGCCUCUCCAGAUGUCCUUGGACUCCCAAAUCCCAUCGUCGUCCCUGACCGUGGGCCAUGCUAUCUGGGGUUGGUGGGCGUCCAGCAACAUCUGGAAACAGCAGAGGCUGGUGACUCCACCAUCAGUGGGGCAAUGAAUCCACCCUGGGUUUUAGUCCAAACAGCCAAUGAGCCCUCCAAGGUGCUGAACCCAUUGCGGGAAUAGGUUUUGGCGCUGCGGACAAGUCCUUGAAUGUGUGGGCUAAAACCCAGAGCAGAUUCACUGCUCCGCAACAGUUCCUUGAAAGUAUGGACUAACCACCACUCCCUGAACUUUCAAGGAGCUGUCCAGGGUGCUGAAAUAGGCUUCAGCACCUUGGACAGCUUCCUGAAAGUAUGGACUAAAACCCGGAGCGGAUUCACUGCUCUGCAACAGCUCUUUGAAAGUGUGGACUAAAACCUGGAACGGAUUCAUUGCCUCACAGACAACAGAGACACAAGUCUCCACUGCUGGAAGGCCACAGAUGUCUCCCCUCUCUUGAUGUAAGAUGUGGCUAUUGGACUACAAAGCAUUUGACAGCUGGGAUUGCUAGGAAUCUUUUUGCUGCUCUCCACGCUGCUCUCCACACCCCUCUCUACUACAAAACUAGGACUAAAAAUGAAGGAUGCCUAAUUCUGUUGUGAUAUUGGCACCCACCCACCCUAAAAAUAUAUCAGUUUGGGAAUUUUAGCUCAUUGAGGUCAAGAGGAAGCAGAGUGCCUUACUAGGUCAGUUGCUGUAAGUAUUACAAAUCGCACAAGGACAUUGUGUAGGGGCCUUUGCUUUUCUUACUAGAGAAGCUUGAAAAGUGUGAAGUUUGCGAAUGAUAAGUAGCGUGGCCAGCUCUCUGUGGAUAGAAAAGCAGGUCCUCCGUUUGUGGGACUUUUAUGAUGAUCCACCUUCCGCCAUAACGAUGUGGGAGGUGUUCAACUGAGCUCAGGGAAACUGGCUGUAACAUCCUAUGUCUGUGCCUUCCCCCUUCAUCUUGAUAAUCCUCCUUGCCGUCCCUAAAGGCUAUUGAUGUGCACAUAAUUUGCCCUUUGAUGGGCCAGAAUGUUACCAAGCGUUUUUGUGACUGUUACCGAUUUGACUGGGGCCACAUUCACACCACACAUUUAUUCCACUAUUACUCCAUUUUAAACCGUCAUGGCUUCCCCCAACGAAUCCUGAGAAGCGUAGUUUCUGAAGGGUCUGAGAGUUGUUAGGAGACUGCCCCCUUCCCCUCGCAGCGCUUCAGUUCCCAGAGUGGUUUAAUAGUCUGUCCCUCUUCCCAGAGGACUCUGGGAAUUGUAGCUGUUUGAGGGGAAUGGUGGGGGCUGUCUCCUAACAACUCUCAGCACCCUUCACAAACUACACUUCCCAGGAUUCUUUGGGGGGGAAGCCACGACUGUUUAAAGUGGAGUAAUAGUGGAAUGAAUGUAUGGUGUGAAUUUAGUCCUGAAUGGUAGGUCUGCAGUUUUGGUGUAAUCCUGAAGAAGGACCCAGCGUCUGCUUUUACUCUUACAGGUAUCCUGUCUUUAUGUUUUAAAUCAGCCUUCCUUGACCAGGUCUCCCCAAGACAUUGUUGGACUCCAGAUUCCCAUCAGCCCCAGCCAGCAUGGUCAGGGGUCAUGGGAGUUCUUGUCAUCCCAACAUCAGGAGGGCACUACCCUCUGGAAGGCUAGUUUAAACCAAGGAAAGCUAAAAACCAUCUUCCCCAAAUAAAGCCCUUCUAACCUCAA